CCACCACCACCAACAACAGUCUGGCAGCGGGCAACAGCCGCCCACAUCGGUGCCAAAACUCGGUCUGAUGGCCCCAUCUGCGGAUUCGGAGUCGGGCGGCAGCCACUCGCCGUCGCCGCGCGCCUCCCGCAAGCGGACUAAGCUGCGCAACCAGUCGCUUACCUCGCUGUGCAUCAUCUCGCACCACCCGUUUUUCACGACCUUCCGCGAGUGCCUCUUUAUCCUCAAGAAGUUAAUUGAUGCUUGCAACGAGUCCUCCUCCCCGAAGCGUGUCGGAGCCUCGCAGAAGCUCAAUCGGGACAACGUGUGGACGGUGCUGACGGGUCACGUCAGCGAGGCGACGCCCUCAAUCGUUCUGCAUGAUGUGCGCGAGAUCGAGACCUGGAUAUUGCGCCUGCUCUCCACCCCAGUUCCAGUGCCUGGGUCCACGCGCGUGGAGGUGGAGGUGCUUUCGCCCACGGUUCAUGAGCCCUUACUGUUCGCCCUGCCCGAUCACACGCGCUUCUCGCUGGUGGACUUCCCUCUGCAUCUACCGCUGGAACUGCUCGGGGUGGAGACCUGUCUGAAGGUGUGGACCCUGAUCAUGCAAGAGAACAAGGUGCUCUUCCAGUCGCGCGACUACAAUGCCCUCUCUAUGUCGGUGAUGGCCUUCGUCACCAUGCUUUACCCCCUGGAGUACAUGUUCCCGGUCAUUCCUCUCCUACCCACCUGCCUCAGCUGUGCCGAGCAGUUGCUGCUGGCCCCCACACCCUUUGUCAUUGGAGUGCCGGCCUCGUUUCUAGUGUACAAGAAAAACUUUAGGCUGCCCGAUGACAUUUGGGUAGUGGAUCUGGACUCCACGAAGCUGUCUCCGCCCACCGGCGGUUACGAGGAGAUACCGCCGCUGCCAGAGCCCGAGGGCACCAUCCUUAAAAACCACCUAAAGCAGGCUAUGCUACUGAUGGAUGAAGCUGGACUUGGUGCACUCACCUCAAUGACGGCCACCAACCAGGCCGUGUCCUCGCAGCAGCUCCUACCCUCGGUGAGAGACAGUCUCCAGGAGCCGCCAUUGCUCGGGGUUUCUCAGAUGCGUCUGCCACUUCAGACGCCCCCCCACUCGGCCCAGGCCAGCCAAAGGAACUCGGUGUCCGCGCAGGGGGCAAUGAUCAGCUCCCGACAGCCCAGUCCAAUGAACUCGCCGGCCCUCAACCCAUUUGUAUACGGCACGGACGUGGACUCGGUGGACGUGGCCACGCGGGUGGCCAUGGUGCGAUUUUUCAACGCCCAGAACACUCUGGCCAAUUUCGCCGAGCACACGCGUACCCUGCGUCUGUAUCCGCGUCCUGUGGUGGCCUUCCAGAUCAACAGCUUCCUUAGGUCGCGGCCGAGGGCUUCGCAGUUUUUAAACCAGUUUGCGCGGACACAGGCUGUGGAGUUCCUGGCAGAGUGGUCUCUGACACCGACGAAUGUGGCCUUCCUGCGGGUACAGACGGGCGUCAUGGACCCCAUGCAGGUGGGGGAUAAGCCCAAGUGGUUUGCCCACUCGCUCACGCCCAUUCGCUUCUCGGUGUGGGAUGAUGGAAGCUCGCUGAACGGCGCCCUGCGCUCCCUAAAGCAGCUCGAGUGCCAGCCCACGGACGAGAGCGGCUCGGACUCGGAGGGGGCGGAUAGCAGCAGCUCGUCGUACUCGUCCCUGAGCGACUUUGUCUCGGAGAUGGCCUCCUCGGACCUGUCGCCCAGUGUGCAUGACGUCUUCGGUUCAUACAAUCGACCCCAUGUGGUGCCCCAGACGCUCUCCUCGAACCUGGAUCCGGCUUUGGUCUAUCAUCCUCCCAGCAAGCUUCAGUAUCCCGAGGGCCUGUGCGAAGCGGCUGCCAGCAAGGAGGAGGAUGAGGAGCGCGCCGACUCUCCAGUCUCCUCCUCUUCCAGCCGCUCGGAUCUGAGCUCGCCCAGUUUCAACCGCGACUCUGAGUUUGACUUCCAGCCGAAGUCGGGACAAGCGCAGACGCAGACCCAGACGCAGGCGGGACAGGCGGCCUUUGAGCUGGCCACGCCGCUGGCCAUGCGUCUGGAGGCCACCAUCAAGAUGGCCAGCGUCGAACAGGACACGGACACAGGCUCCACGGUAGCUGGCAAGAACAUAGCCGCAAGUGCCAAGCUUCAACGCCACCCCAGCGACGUGGAACGUCCUGAGAAGAAAAUACCACCGCCUCUGACGCCGCCCGUGAAGCAGCCGAGCGUCAGCAAUAUCCUGGCCCGCACCGGCAGCUCGGGAUCCAGUUCCAGCAGCCCCGGACGCCAGAGCUCUCAGAGUUCGCUAUUCGAGAACUUUGCCUCGCAUGCCAAGGAGCUGGUACGUGAGACCACGCGCCAGAGCAGCCAGGAGGGACUCCUCGCUCACGUGGAUAAGCAUGCGCUGGACGAAGAUCUUGACGACAAAAUGCGUCAUACCUUCGAAAAGUUCACGCUGCAUGCAAAGAAGGCGGCCGGCGAGGCGUCUAAGCAGGCGCUGGAGGUGUCCAAGCAGGCGGCUGGCGUGAGCAAAAAUACCUUUGAGGACCUCACCUAUGUGGGCAAAUCCACGCUGGGCGAUCUAACCAAGACUGCCAAAGAGGCGGCCACCAAGAAGGGCAUUAUUAAGAACGAGGAGCAAACCGGAGGCUCUAUGCCGCCUGGCGGCGGCAGCUCCAAGCCCCCCGGUUCCCAGAUCGCCACCCAAAGGCAGGUGCAGCAGAUUCCCGGUGGCGGAGGCGGUGGGGGUGGCAACAAUUUUUUCUCAUCGAUUGGCAACGACUUCAACGGCCUAGCCUCCUCCACAUCGACCAUGUUUUCGGGCAUGUUUGGGGGCAAAAAGAACCAACAGAAGCAGGGUGCAGUCCAACAAAGACCUUCCAGUGCCGGCUUAGGGAAGGGGAAGUCGGGCAUCAACUUUGAUCCGUUUCCCAGCCGCAAGGGUCUUGUAGAGCGGACACCGCUGAUCAAGCACUCUGGGCCCCGUCAGACGCAGGAGGAGCUCACGCGGCAGCAGAACCAGGAGCGUUCGCACAGCAAUGCUGAGAAUCAGGCCUUCCUCAAGGAUGUGACCAAUCAGGUGCUGGCCGGCGAGGGUGUGGGCUGGCUGAAGCUCAAUCGCUUCAGAAAACUCAUGGAAGAUGAAUCCUAUCGCACGCUGGUGCUUAGCAAGCUGAACAAGACACUGGACAGGAAGAUAGCGCCCGAUGAUCACAUUGAUGAUGUGUGUGUGACCAAACCCGUGUGGAAGGGAAUGCUAAAGUGCGUGCAGGCAAUAGCCUCCGGCCUUGAUGUCACCUUUGGGAACUUCGGUCUUGGAGGAAUGGCCUCGGUGUUUCAGCUGAUGGAGGUGGCCCAUACGCACUACUGGAGCAAGGAGAUCAAUGACGGCAGCGACAUGUCUUCCAGUCUGCUCUCCAGCCACGCUGCCAGUCCCCUGGGCAGCCGCGAGAAUCUGCGCUCCCCCAGUUCCCCCAACGGCUCGCACUCGGGCCUGGGCAGCGAAUGGGCUUCGCCCCAGGAGUCGCGCAAGAGUUCCACCCACCACGCGGCCUUGCCUUCGUCUCAGGCUGGUGGAACUCCUUUGGCCGCAUCGCGACGCCUGUCGGCAGCAGACAGCCAGGAUGGCCAGUCGACAACGGAGAUGUUCAAGGACAUGUUGUCCCAGAAGAGAAGUGCCUUGAAGAACAUGCUCACCUCGUUCGACUCGGAUGCUGCUGGCUCUACGGGCGCGCUCUCUGUGGUCAGCGAUCUGCUCCCAAUCGGCAGUCUGAGCGUGCGCAUGCCCUCCAGCUGCCGGUCCACGGUCUCAGACACCGAGUACGAAAAUACCACAACGUCGAAGGACUCGAAGAAGAGCGGGGGAAAUCUGUGGUCGGGCAAGUCAACGCUUAGUGCCGGCUUCCGCUAUACGGGCGGCCAUCUGAUCAACACCUCCUCAUCCCCUUCGCCAGACAGUCCGAGAGUCUACCUAUUCGAGGGGUUGCUGGGCAAGGAUCGCUUGAAUCUCUGGAACCAAAUGCAGUUCUGGGAGGAUGCUUUCCUCGAUGCUGUCAGCCAGGAACGCGACAUGAUUGGCAUGGAUCAGGGUCCCAUUGAGAUGAUGGAGCGCUACAAGUCGCUGAGUGAAUCGGAGCGCAAGCGUCUCGAGCACGACGAGGAUCGUCUACUCUCCACGAUGCUGUACAACCUGACGGCCAUCCUUGUGAUGCUCAAUGUGGGAAAGGACGAGAUUCGACGCAAGAUCCGUCGCCUGCUGGGUAAAAGUCACAUUGGACUGGUCUACUCCCAGGAGGUACACAAUGUUGUCGAUCAAAUCAAUAAUUUGAAUGGAAAUGACAUUGACCUGAAGCCACUGGGUUCAAGGCUGCUGCAUCGACAGAGCUUCACCGUCCACCAGGGCACCGAUAUAAAUGGGCCACUGCGCUUCAUGGAGGUGCGCGACGAUGGUCUGGUGUUGCGCUCUGUGGACGGCACCAUUGUGGAGCGCUGGUGGUACGAGCGACUGGUCAACAUGACCUACUCACCCAAGACUAAGCUGCUGUGCCUCUGGCGACGCAACGGCGGCCAGACCCAGUUGCAUAAGUACUACACGAGAAAGUGCAAGGAACUGUACAACUGCAUCAAAGAUGCCAUGGAGCGAGGUGGAACGCCCACCAAUGUGCCCGAGCUGGGCGGGGAGUUCCCCGUGCAGGACAUGAAUACUGGCGAGGGUGGCCUUUUGCAGGUCUGCCUCGAGGGUGUCGGUUUGUUGUUCUCCAACAGCAAGUUCUUUGUGCGGCUGGACCACAUCCGCAAGUGCUUCACCCAGAAGGGCGGCAUCUUUGUGCUGGAGGAGUACAACCCCAAGACGCGCAAUCUCAUCCAGCGGAAGUAUCAGUCGAGCAUGUCCGACCAGAUCUGCUAUUCGGUGCUGUGCGUCUUCUCCUACGUGGCUGCCGGCCAGGACCAGAAAAAGAAUCCAGUUGUAAUCACGCCCCAAAUCCAGGACAUACACGCCCAGCAGAAGCAAAAGCACCAACAGCAAUCGCAGCAGCAGCAACAGCAACAGCAUCAGCAUCAGCAUCAGCAAAUGCCACCAGCCACGGCUCCAGCUAAUAGUCACGCCCAGAACCGCAGCAGCGGCAAGCAGCAGGGCGGCAACAUCACCAUACGGCACACGGUGCCCAUGCAGAAACCGACAAUCACCAUGUCCACAGUCCAGCCGCAGGCCAGGAUGCCCUCCACAGUCACAGUGACUGCUGCUCCAACUCCAGUUCCACUUCCCACACCCACUCAACCCACCACAGCCACAGCGACAACCACAGUGAGUCCCACGCCUCAUGGAAAGCUGCCGCAGUUGCCGCCCCGUGUGCCCUCACAGCCGUCGACGGAAAGCCUGGCGUCGAUCAGUUCACCGCCGCCCAAGCAACGACUGGGUGGACCGCCACCCGGCCCCCCGCCGGCCAUACCGCCCCGGACGGGGGCCAUUGCUCGCAGCGGUUCCGUGCAGGCGCAGCAGCAACAGGCGACGCGCACCUUUGUGCGCCAGGCCUCGGCCAACUCGACGCCGCCGCAGUACACUCCCCAGCCGCCGCCGCCCUUCGUCAUCCCCAAGCGGCACUCCGGGCUGGCCCGCGCCUCCACCCUGACGGGGGCCCAGUCCAGCUCGCACCAGCAAGCGCAGCAGUCGCAGCAGCGCGCCAGCUAUGGCAGCGUCGCCGCUGUGCUGCAGUCCAUGCCGGAGGCGGAGGCUGGCCCUGGCUCUGGCUCUGGCUCUGGUCCCGGAUCCCCUUCCGGCUCUGGCUCUGGCACCGUUGCGGGCCCUUCGCCUCAGGCCCACCGCAAACACUGA